UGUAGGUGAAGCACAGUAGAAAGGUUCAAAUCAUGAAAAAGUGAUUAUUGAAAAAAUGGCAAAAGUGUUGGUUCUUGUUCUAAUUAGCAUCUGUUUACAAUCUGCGAAAGCAUUUAUUGACUUCCAAUUACCUAAAAAUAAUGCAUUUGAUACUGAAUUAUACAGAAAUGUGUUAGAUGAAGACUUAUGUGAAGCACAACUAAGCUAUGUACAAAAUAAUAAUAGUAUUUUACUGGCAGAAUUUCUUGAUGCUGGCUUAAGACCACCACGAGGUAUAUUUCAAGGUAAUUUCGUGGAUUUCGGUAACUAUCAUCAAUGUAUAGAAAUCAGCGCUAACUAUGAACCAUCAAAUAUUGAAGGAAAGUUUUGUAUGAUCAAUGUGCCUAUGGUGCAAAAUGAUCUUGAUCUGCCUACUCUGCCGGAAUGGCCAGAAGAAUGGCCAGAAUGGCCUGAAGAAUGGCCAGAAUUUCCUUGGCCAGAGCUUUUACCGAAGACGAAACAACAUAGGGAUAUGAUGAGAAAUCUUCGAGAAGUGCGGGCGAAAUUAGCCAAAUACAGUCGGUUAACUGUACCAGAUUUGGAUUCAGCAAGGGUUGCAGAAGAUAGUGCCUUGGCUGGAGAAGCCUUUAGAUUAGCAGUAUGCCUACCAAAAGCUUGUACUCCUAAGCAAUUUUUCGAUAAAGUUCUAAUUAACACCACAGCUGUGGGGUUUGAAUUUUCUGAAGAAUUCUGCCGCCUAAAAAAUGAUAAGCCAUUUGUACCCGGAGAUUACGCUGCAAUGGGUGUUUUCGGCUUCAUUUUCUUGAUAACUGUGCUCUGCACGGGCUACGAUCUAUAUUAUACUUACAUACUUAAAGGAGAUCCUAAAAGAGCGAGUGUUCUCGGGAAAUCGUUCUCAGUGUACACAAACACGCGGCGUUUGCUCACAUUCAACCCUGUGCCCGGCGUCUUGAAAUGCGUGGACGGUAUCAGGUCUAUGGCCAUGAUUUGGGUCAUCGUGGGCCAUUCAUAUUCUACGCAUUUGAAUGCGCCCUUUGUGAACCGAACUGAAUUCUUUGAGUGGAUAGUUUCUUUUUCUUCGCUUUGGAUUUUGUCUGCACCAAUCACAGUGGACACAUUCUUCAUGCUGAGUGGACUGCUAAUUGUGUAUACUUCUGUUGGGAAAAUGUCUAGCAUGGGCCUCGUAAGAAAUAUCCACUUAUACUAUCUACAUCGGCUUCUACGGAUGUUCCCGAUACUGGCUGCUGGCGUAUUCCUCCAAGCAACGUUGUUUAACCACAUGUCAGACGGACCGCGAUGGAACGACGUUAUGGCUAAUAAGGUGCACAAGUGCAGGCAAUAUUGGUGGGCUACAUUGAUCCAUGGCCAGAAUUUAAUUAUUCCUGAUGGGAUGUGUAUCGGCCCAAGUUGGUAUCUUGCUGUUGACAUCCAAAUGCACAUAAUUUCACCACUUGUGCUGUUUUGGGUGCUAGGAAAAAGAAGAGCCGCUUGGAUUGCAUUGAGUCUCUCCAUGCUAAUUGUGAUAGCGGCGUCCACAACCUAUAACUACUUAAACGAGUUCCAGGCAGCACCCUUUAUACCUUCACGUGCUGCUGUAGAUCCUGAUGCGGCUGCUCACUAUUUAAACUACUAUUACGUGAACACGUUAACAAGAUGCUCACCUUUCUUUGUCGGAAUGCUGUAUGGUUACCUUCUCGCUGUUUGUAAAGGAAAAAAAGUUCGGUUGCCUAAGCUGUUCGUGGCAUUAGGAUGGGCCUGCACUUUGGUAAUAUCAGCCGGUAUCAUCUACUCCGCGUACCCUAUACUGCAGAUGGACUGGGACAGUCCCUUCUUGGAUGGCGUCAUUAACUCCUUCUCCAGACCGGGAUGGGCGGCUUGCGUCGGUUGGAUGAUAUUUGCGUGCACGCAUGGUUACGGAGGGCCCAUCAACUGGUUCCUGUCGCUGGAUAUGUGGAAGUUGCCUGCUCGCAUCUCAUUCGCGAUGUACAUCUUCCACUACCCGAUCAUGCACGUCGUCAACGCCACAUCUACAGCUCCGGCUCACUUCACACCUGCUCGCUACUUUCACAGAUUCCUGGGUGAUUUCACUGCAGCAGUGGUCAGUGGGUUCAUAGUGACGGUGUUGAUCGAUUCGCCCUUCUCCACGCUCAUCAAACUUGCAAUGGGAGGAGGCCCGAAGAAACCUAGGCCUGAAAAACCAGAUGCUAAAGAAGAAAAUGGAGUUAACGGGGGUGUUACAGCAGUUAACCCGGCAAUGGCACAAGAAUACGACAGAUACCUCAACAAGACUAAACUAUAGGAUGUUUCUCUCAUGAAUUAAAAACAUAUAUUUAUGUUA